AUGCGCGCCGCGCGCGCGUGCGCCGAGACGCGCCGCGUCGCCGUCGUCGCCGACUGCGAGGUGCCGGCGAUCGGCGCGCGCGACGUGCUCGUGGAGGUGCGAUGCGCGACGGUGAAUCACAUCGACGUCAACGCCGCGCGCGACGGGUACGCGGUCGACGUCUACGCCGGCGCGCCGAACGCGCGACGCGCGUGGACGCCGGGACGAGAGUUCUCGGGCGUGGUGCGCGCGGUCGGCGCGAAGACGCGAGGCUGGCGGGUCGGCGACGAGUGCUACGGCGCGACGGCGCCGACGACGCGGCGCGGCGCGUGGGCGACGUACGCGAAGGCGCCGGCGCACGCGGUGGCGAAGAAACCGCGAGGAAUGACGCACGAGGAGGCGAGCGCGAUACCGUUCGCGGCGCUGACGGCGCACAGGGCGGUGAUGGAGCGAGGACGGGCGAGGGCGGGGGAGCGGGUGUGCGUGCUGGGCGGCGGCGGCGCGGUGGGGACGGCGGCGUGCGCGCUGGCGAAGAGCGCGGGGUGCGAGGUGGUGACGACGGCGCGCGCGAGCGACGCGGUGAGACUGCGAGAGGUGAUCGGGGUGGACGAGGCGCACGAUUACGAGCGAGAGGGGUUUUCGUUGCGGCGGGCGACGGCGGCGCGAGCGCCGUUUGAUUUGGCGGUGGAUUGCGUGGGGACGGCGCGGACGGAGCGGAGCGCGAUCGAGUUGUUGAAGUACGGCGUCGGACGGUACGUGACGCUGCACGGGGAUUUGGGCAAGCACAUCGCGAGCGAGCGAGGGAUGGUGUACGGCGCGAUGAGGGGGGUGGGCGAGUACGCGCGGAAGGCGACGAUUACGCGUUGGCAACGCGACGUCGGGUACGAGCAAGCCGUCAUGCGUUUAGAUCCGGACGCGAUGAUCGAUAUCGCGCGUUUAGUCGACAGUGGUAAGCUGCGCGUUCCCGUCGGCGAGGUUUUGGCGUUGGAGGACAUCGAACGCGCGUGCGAUUUAUUGCGCGAUCCCGCGGUGUUUGGGAAAAUCGUCGUUCGCGUGUCCGAGGGGUAG